AUGACUAAUGAAGGUGCUGCAGAUGUGGGCAGACUCGCCACCGCCGCCGCCGCCGUGCCACUAAUGCUUCGCCGCUGCUGUUAUGGGCGCUACAUGGGCAGGAGUGCCAGCGGCGUGGGCGGCGAGACGCACCUCUGCCCACACCAGAGAUCACACUCCGAGCGAGGAGAGGAGAAAAAAAGAAAAACACUCUCUGGCCGAGGAAGAAUAACACGCUCGCCUCCAAACCAGCCAGAAAAACCGCUGCGAGAAAAAACCGCUGCUUCCUCCAUCCGCCCGAAAACCUCCGCCUGA